AUGCAUGUGCUGUUGAUGUCACCCCGGCGUCCCUCACCUCUUUUUUACUGUCAACUACAUCCAAACACUGUCCGCCUCCUUCCGCGCUUGACGCAUCUGGCGCCCUGCGUCUCUCGGAAAGCCGCAAAUAGCCAAACACAGUAUAGGCGCGUUAGGAGAUCCAGCAGCCAACCACGCCUCUACCCUCAAGCACACGAUCCGACUUUGCCAACUCGCACACCAAGAGAGGAUACCCAGCGAUUACAUCGACGUUCCUUCGCCAGGCAGUCACCCACAGAGGAUGAAGAGACCCCGCUUCUUCCAGACCACCAUCGACGUACGCCUGCUCCUGGCCCCCAUGGAGCUCACACAUUCGACCACCGACGAAGCGCCCUGACCGGCUGGCUCUCCAUACUGCUGCAUCCAUGGCAGUCCAUGUAUACAUCCGCUGCUCAAAAGGACAAACCAAAUGCUGCGAGUGACCUGUCCAAGCCCAGGCCAGGGGCAGUUCCCAGACCCGUGGGAGGUACCCGGAAGCUGGGCACACUGGCUGGUGUCUUUGUGCCCGUAACACUGAAUGUGUUGAGCAUUCUAAUGUUCCUGCGCUUUGGCUUCCUUUUGGGUCAAGCAGGCCUGCUCGGAAUGAUGGGCAUGCUGCUUGCUGCCUACAUGAUCAAUCUGCUCACCACCUCGAGCAUUUCAGCCAUUGCCACCAAUGGCACUGUUCGCGGAGGGGGUGCCUAUUACCUCAUCUCAAGGAGUUUGGGCCCGGAAUUCGGUGGGUCGAUUGGCAUAGUCUACUACCUUGGAUCGGUCUUCAGCACUUCGCUCAACGCCGUCGGUCUGGUCAAUUGCCUGAUUGAAAACUUUGGUGUCCAUGGCGGCGACAUGGCCGAGUGGUUGCCUCAAAGCUUCUGGUGGCAAUUCUUGUGGGCAACGUUGGUCUUGGCCGCGUGCACCUUCAUCUGCUUGGCCGGAAGUGGACUAUUCGCUCGCUGUAGUAAUGGCCUGCUAAUUGUCCUGCUGGUUGCCAUAAUGAGCAUCCCACUCUCUGCCGCAGUUCAGCAACCGUUUGUCAAUGUCAAGGAGAAAAUUGCCUUCACUGGAUUUAAUGCGGAUACCUUCCGCCAGAACUUGUUUCCACACUUCACCAGAGGCGCUGCUGGAAGUGCAGGGAAGCACAAAGAAAGUUUUCAACACCUAUUCGGCGUCUUGUUCCCAGCAACAGGAGGUAUUCUCGCAGGCGCCAGUAUGUCGGGUGACUUGAAGCAUCCGAGCAAGGCCAUUCCAAAGGGAACUCUAUAUGGUAUUGCCUUGACCUUCGUUCUGUACACUAUGGUCAUUUUUGCCAUGGCUGCGAGCAUAACACGCGACACCUUCUACAGGAACACGAACGUCAUCCAGUUGACCAAUCUUUCGCCGGCGAUAAUACUUUCUGGUGAAGUCGCAACAUCCCUCUUCUCCGUCCUCAUGGGUGUUAUUGGCUCGGCCAAACUGUUACAGGCAUUGGCUCGAGAUUGUUUGAUCCCUGGACUCUCGCUGUUUGGGCAAGGGACAGAGAAGUCGGAUGAGCCCAUCUACGCCAUCUUCAUCACGUACAUCAUCGCUCAAAUCACCAUGUUUGCCGAUAUCAACCAGAUUGCAUCCUUCAUUACGAUGACAUAUCUCAUGACCUUCUUAGUUACGAAUCUAGCGUGUUUUCUACUCAAAAUUGGGUCUGCUCCAAACUUCCGACCAUCUUUCCAAUGGUUCAACUGGCAGACGGCGGCACUUGGAACAGUCGCAUGUGGUGUUACGAUGUUUUUUGUCGAUGGAUUUUAUGCAUCUGCCUGCAUCGCCUUACUCCUGAUGAUCUUCCUGCUGAUCCAUUACACGACUCCGCCGAAGCCAUGGGGAGACGUCAGUCAAGGGCUCAUUUAUCACCAAACUCGAAAAUAUCUCUUGCGCUUGCGUCAGGAACAUGUCAAGUUCUGGAGACCGCAGAUACUGCUUCUCGUCAAUGAUCCAAGACGACAAUACAAGCUAAUUCAGUUUUGCAAUUCUCUGAAGAAAGGAGGUCUCUUUGUUCUUGGCCAUGUCAUUGUCACUGAGGACUUUGCAUCUGCUGUGCCAGAAGCAAGGAGGCAACAGCAAUCCUGGGCCAAAUACAUUGACUUCUCGAAAAUCAAAGCAUUUGUCAAUAUCGCCAUCUCUCCCACAGUGGAGUGGGGUGCACGCAACUUGGUUCUUGGUGCUGGACUGGGCGGGAUGAGGCCAAACAUUGUGGUAAUGGGACUGUACAAUCUCCCGGAACUACGGCAAACGCGGCCUACCAAUGACAUGCCAUCUCCCCAACCAGCUCGACAGUCCAGUAAAGCUACGGACUCGUCCGCCACUCACAAAGCAACAAAAGUACGCACGAGAAAACGAGUCACAAGUGACGCGCAUCGACUGCUGCCUACGGAUGCAAUGCGACCCGAAGAUGCAAUCGGAAUCCGGAGUUACGUUACUAUCAUCGAAGAUCUCGUAUUGCGUCUGCAAGCAAAUGUGGCUAUAGGUAGAGGAUUUAAGGACCUUGAAGUGCCGCCUGCGAAACCGACAGUGAGAGAAAGAGCAUUCCAAAUGGUAGGACUGGCAGAGAUUGAGGUCGACGAGCCAAGCAAGACAUACAUUGAUCUUUGGCCCAUUCAGAUGUCGGCUGAGGUUGCCACUGCUGGUGACGAGCCUAGCCGAAAGAACGUAUUGACAACUAAUUUCGAUACAUAUACACUCAUUCUUCAACUUGGUUGUAUUCUACAUACAGUGCCAUCGUGGAAGCGAGCAUAUAAGCUCAGGGUGUGCGUGUUUGUGGAGUAUGAGACGGAUGUUGAGGAAGAACGAGAGCGCGUCACUACAUUGUUACGGAAUCUUCGCAUUGAAGCCGAAGUCCUUGUUUUCUGGCUCGCAAGCGGAGAUUUGAGCAUGUACGAGGUCAUCAUCAAUGGCCGGGACGAAGACGAGUAUGAUCAGAUUGCCCGGGACGUUGAUUGUUCGUUAGAGGACGAGCGUUGGUGGCAAGACAUCAAGCGCCUCCGAAGACCGAAUGAUAUGAGCGAUAGCCAAGAAAUUGAUCGCACUGUAGACAUCCUUGAAGCCGUCACCAACUGGCCAAUAGCAUCUUUUCAACACGGUAGACGAGAAUCAAAACCCAGGCGCUUUGCAGCGCUGCAGGAGAUGCUUCGAAAAGCGAAGAAGCGAGCACCUAUGGGCGAUUUGCAGGAUGCUGGUUCUACAAAAGCGGUGCCCAGCCAGCGAAUGACUGUCGAUCUUCUCACCGACAGCGAUAGCGAUACGACUAGCUCUUCAAUCGGAGAGCAUGGUGGGAAUGCAAAUGAUGGUGCUGAUGACGAAGCCAUGGCCUCUGAAAGUGAAGCAGCGGUUAGCGGCAACAACUUCGACGAAUACGAUCUCGAUGCAUCGAGUGACGAUGGUAGUGUCAACGGUGGCUCACAGAUGUCGCUACAAAGGUCAAAGACAACAACGGGAACGCAGUUAUAUCCUAGGACUUUAGACCUGAGAAAGGCGAUUUGGAAAAAUCCCCCGAAAGGUAGCUCGUUCAGAGACGGCCAGAGAAACCCCCACACGGCAGCACCACUACGGCCGCAACUUGGUGCGACUGCUUCUGAAACAGCGAUUCUGACACAUUCAUCCAAGAAAUCUCGCAGUGUUGGGAGCUCCACAUCCCAGCUAUCCACUGCUCCUCGUGCAGGGUCCUCGGUCAAGCCACCGUCGAUGCAACACAGUUCCUUACCAAAGUUUACCUCCAACCCCACGCCUCGAGCAGCUGUAGCAUCAGAAGAAGCAUCUGGACCCUCUAUCAUGUUCGUCGACACACCAUCCCCAGAAACGACAGCAAGAAAACCAGAUCCUUUCACGACUGUCUCCCCAUCUUCAAACCCCACUACAGACAGCAGUAGUCCCCGAACCUCCGCCACAAUUCCGGCCUCGAACCCAGCCACCGGCUUUCCCGCCCAGCGAGCCAUUCCCCUCUCUUUUAAUGACCUCCCUUGUCGCGCGCAACAUCUGAUCCUCAAUGAACUACUGCGUCAGCAGUCUGACGACACGGCAGUGGUGUUCACGACACUGCCUAGCCCGAUCGAGGGAACAUGUGAGAGCGAUGCGGAAAGCGUAAAGUAUGUGAGUGAUUUGGAAGUCCUGUGUCAGGGCUUACCGCCGGUAUUGCUGGUGCAUAGUAAUAGUAUGACGGUUACCAUGAAUUUGUAG